AUGACCAUCGAGAGGAGUUUUGCGUUGCUUUUCUACUUUUAUCCUUCCUCGUUUCCCCUCGCCCAAACCAGCAGGACAGUUUGCUUUUUCAGCUCCUGCAGCGUAAGUGAGGAGGACUCUGGAGCAAUGUGGUUGAAACUGUGGAUUUUGGUGAAUCUCACCAUGAGGGUCAUCUUCUUGGGGCACAAACUUCAGCCUCAAACCACUCUGAGGGUCCUCCAGGUUGACUUUUUGAAGACGCAAAAUGCCCGACUUCACCACACAGAAGAUUAUAACACUCCGAGCCUGGUGGUGAGACGCGGGCAACCAUUUCAGCUGAAGCUGGUGUUGGACAGACAACUGGAAGACAAGGACAAUGUAGAAUUGCAGUUCUGUAUGGGGAAAACUCCAAGGAAAUCCAAUGAAACACUUGUGGUGAUGAAGCUGAGGGGCCAGAAGGAACUUCACCGGUGGCAGAUGGCCCUUUUGGGUGUGAAUGGAAAGGAGUGCCUGCUGAGUGUCAGCAGCCCAGUGGAUACUGUUGUUGGGAAAUACCUUCUGAGUGUGAAAAGUGGGGCAGAUCCUCUAUAUACCCCGGAAAACAAUAUCAUCUACUUCGUCUUCAAUCCUUGGUGUGAAGGGGACGCUGUAUUUAUGGCCGGGGAUAAAGAGCGAUCAGAAUAUGUCCUUAAUGACACUGGAUACAUCUAUGUGGGCUCCGAACACAAGAUACAUGGAAGACCCUGGAAUUAUGGACAGUUUGAGGAAGACGUCUUGGACUCCUGCAUGUUUCUGCUGGACAAGAGUAACCUCAAGCCCAGAGACCGAAAGAAUCCAGUAAUCGUGUCCAGAGCCAUGUCUGCUUUGGUUAAUGCCAAUGAUGACGGUGGGGUCCUGUUGGCAAAUUGGUCUGGCAUGUACAAGGCGGGGACGUCCCCACUUGCUUGGACUGGUAGCACCCCCAUCCUUCAACAGUACUUCAGGACUCAAAAAACCGUCCUCUAUGGCCAGUGCUGGGUUUUCGCUGGAGUUCUCACUACAGUUAUGCGAUCUCUGGGCAUCCCUUCCAGAACUGUGACCAACUUUGCUUCAGCCCACGAUACAGAGCAGAACCUCAGGGUGGAUAUCUACCUGAACGAGAAAGGGCAGAAGAUAGAGGACCUGAGCACAGAUUCUAUUUGGAAUUUUCACGUGUGGACUGAUGUGUGGAUGACGAGGCCGGAUUUGCCCCAGGGUUACGAAGGUUGGCAGGUAGUCGAUGCCACACCUCAGGAGAUAAGCCAAGGUGUCUUCCAGUGUGGGCCGGCCCCACUUAAAGCCAUUCGCCAAGGUGACGUCUACCUCACUUAUGACACCAAGUUCAUUUUUGCCGAAGUGAAUGCCGACAAGGUCUUCUGGCUAGUGAAGGAGGUGAACGGAAUGAGUGAAAUGACAAAGCUUCGGGAAGACACCCUGGUCAUCGGGAGGAGCAUCAGUACCAAAGCGGUUGGCAGCAAUACCAGGGAAGACAUCACCGCCCAGUACAAGUUCAGUGAAGGCUCUCCAGAAGAAAGGAAGGCCAUGGUGAAAGCCUGCUCGUACUUGAGCUGCGAGGAUGGGCCAGAAGCGGCUCCCGCAGAGGAGGCCAACAUUGAGCUGAAGAUUCAGGCCGGAGAGGCCGUGUGGCCGGGAAAUCCCAUCGGGAUGAGCAUCAACAUCAACAACAGUUCGGCCAAGUCAUGGACCAUCAAGCUGGUGGCCACCUGCGCGCUGCAGCUCUACACAGGCAAAGUCGUGGCCGUCCUCGGCUCCAUCUCGAAGACCGUGGCCACGGCCGGCAAAACAGUGAUUGAAGUCCCAGUGCAUGUGGAGGCAUCCAGCUACGUCGGGAGCCUGGCAUCAGUGGACGAUGAGGUGAUCGUACAAGGCCACGUAAUUGCCGAGAUCGAGGAGACCGAGGAGAAAUUCUCGGAUGAGGUGACCCUGCCCUUCCAGUAUCCUCCUCUCCGAGUGGAGGUGCCAGAAACUGUCAAGAUUGGCCAGAAUUUCACCUGCGCCUUCGUCUUCAAGAACACCCUAAGCAUUCCCUUGGAGAACUGUAAACUGCAUGCGGAAGGAUUGGGCAUCUUUAUGUUGGAGACUUUUGAUCAAGGGGAUGUCCUACCCGGAGGGAUUUUCAAAUGCCGAAUCAUAUGCACGCCAAAGAAAGCUGGAAAGAAGACAAUUGUAGCCAAACUAAAUUCCACCCAGGUAAAAGAGAUUUAUACCGAAAAGAUGAUCACCGUUACUGAAUAAGCUCUUGCUGCAGUGGAGGUUCAGGAGGCAGGGAACCAAUAUGAGAUGGAAUGGUUUAGCUAGAAACCGUAGGCUUCUCUCAUCCCUAGAGUACUUCAGACUAUCUCGUUUCAGCAGGUUAGGCAUAUCCGAUCUGCAUGCGUGGAACCUUCUGGGAUUUGGGCUCUUUUAUAUGAGCUUGCUGGGGGCUCACCAACAGGCUGUGUGCCACUUCUCUUCAUCCUAUUCAGGAUCUCAUCCUUGGCUUUUGUGGGUGUUCAA